AUGACUGAAUUCGGCAGUCAACAACACCGUCAGCUGGCGCCGGGUCCGUCGCCCACCAAGUCGGACAGGUAUCCACCGGGUGAUAGCCCCCCUGGGGAUAGCUUUCGGACCGCUUCGGAUGUGUCGAAAAAACGCGUGUCUAUGGCUUGCUUGGCUUGUAAAAAGUCCAAACGCAAGUGCUCUGGAACAGCACCAUGUGACAACUGUCGUGCGUUCAACCGACAGUGCAUAUUUGAUGAGACGCUUGACCAGCGUCGAAGAGUAGCAGCAAAGCGUACGGCUGAUGAGCUGAGCUAUCACCGAGAUAUGCUGAACGAUCUCCUGAAGGUGAUGCGUGCAGAAGAUCAGUCACAUGCCCUGAAACUACUGGAAUUCAUCCGGAAGGAUGCCACGGCCGAGGAGAUUCGUACGUAUAUCGACGAUACUCUCGGCCGGAUUGAAGUAUGCAGCAAGGUGAGUGAUGCGGCGGGAAGGCAGCUACAGCAGGUUAGACGGGUGAUCGAUGUCGAAGGAGCUGGGCCGUCGUUUCGUCCCAAGGUUAUGGAUAUCCAUUACUUAUGCAACGAAGUCCCUCACAGGGUCCCCGCAGAGCCCUGGACCACCGUAACCGGCGAUGCUGAUCUCGUCUCUCAUCUCGUGUCUCUCUACUUCACCUGGGACUAUCCCUUUCAUGCCUUUCUCGACCGCGACGUCUUCCUCAAGCAUAUGCGGAAGGGUAACACCAAUUCGGAGUUUUGCAGUCCAUUCCUUGUGAACGCUCUGCUCACCAACGCUUGCCACUUUUCAGAUUACUCGGAAGCCUAUGUCGAACCCGGGGAUAUCAUGACCAAAGGGGCCGAUUUCCUCGCGGAAGCGGAGCGUUUGAGAGAGGAAGGGCCUAUGAAGCUGAGUCUGGCUAAUUUGCAAGGCACGCUGUUGCUGCAUGAGAGGUAUGCAAUAUCGGGCGAAGACGAUCUUGGCUAUCGUAUGCUCCAUCAAGCCAUCUGGACGGGCGAAUCUCUGGGUCUCAUCGGACCAAGGAAAUUUAGCUUGAAUCCGGGUCAGAUCUCUGAUGAUAUGGACAUUUCGAUCAAGCGGACGGCUUGGGGCUUGUUUCAUAUUGACACUGUUGUGCAUGCCGAUUUUCUGCGGCCCAGCCUUAUUGACAAGGUCAACCUCGAACGGCCCAAUCGGUAUAGCGCCGAAGACUCGAGCUUGUGGUACCCUUACCCCUCUCAUCGAUCUGCUCGGCCGUCCUACUUGAGCCACUACUUUAACGAAUCAUGCAACCUGUGUGAAAUUGCACGAGACGUAUCACAGCGGCUCUUUGGAAUCGACGCCAACGCUGCUUCUGCCGAGUACCUACGUCAGAUGCAGGAAACCCUGUAUGAAAGGCUGCGUGGCUGGUAUAGUAAGCUGCCGGAUAUCUUCGAUCCGUAUCAUAGGCCACCACCGUACAUCAUAUUGCUGAGAAUGCGCUACCAUACGUUGGUGAUCAACAUCUUCACCUUCAGGACUGAGCGAACCAGGAAUACUCCCGACUCCGAGGCACCAAAAACACCCGAGAGCCCACCGGGACUAAGCCCCCUGCCCAAAUACAAUACCGUAGGCAUCGUACAAUCUGCAGCGCGCGCAAUAGCUGCCCUGACGGUUCUCCACCGACGAGAAUAUGGCAUCAGUCGUGCUCAUCAUUUUGCCAUGUAUGCAAUCAACCUGGCACUCUUCACGUUGCUGGAGUCUGGGACCUUCGAUGUCUUAGACUCUGACUUUCUUGCGCUUGCCAGCUCUUUCUCCAAUAUUGCCAGUCGGUCGCCGUUGGGACGGUCUCUCCUCCACAUCUUCCGGCAGGCUGUUCAUGCCAAAGGGCAAGGCAGGCGGCUGCGAGAGUCGGAUGCGGUCUCGGAUGAUCUCAAGGCGAUGUUUGACGAAGAAUCUACGUCGGCAUCCCGGUGGGAUGAGUAUGCCGCAGGAUUACAAAAGCUGGAGAUGGACGAACGCUACCGCGGAGUCUGGGAUGGGGAGUUCAGUCUUUCCGACAUGCUCGAUCGAUAUGAGAGUCUGAGCUUGGGCAAAGAUGAAAUUGCGCCUGAGCGGCUGCGCUGUUGA